AUGGAUGAUAAUGAUUUGGGCAACAUUGGAUUUGAUCCUUAUGAGUUUGCCAAUGUGAUUGGGGAUGGAGAUCAACCCUUGUACCCUAGUAGCAUCUCAACUCAGCCCGUAAACCCCAACAACAAUUUCCCAACCUCUAUUCGGUACAUACCUCCCUCCUCAGUCGCCAUCACCAUCCACGCAAAGCCUGGUUCCAAAAUCGCCUCCAUCACUGAUUUCAGUGAUGAGGCGUUGGGGGUACAAAUAGACGCGUCUGCAAAGGACGGGGAAGCUAAUGCAGCGCUACUUGACUACAUCAGCUCGGUUUUAGGGGUAAAAAGAAGGCAGGUUUCUAUUGGUUCUGGCUCUAAAUCAAGAGACAAGGUUGUUAUUGUGGAGGAGAUGACUCUACGAAGUGUUUUUGACAUCCUAGACAAAGCUUCGAAGUCCACCUAAUAGAGAGAGAUGAAUUUGAUCCUUGAAUGAGACGUGAAGCUUGAUUGUAGUGUAGCAGCUAACCGAGUCGCUUGUGUUUUUGGAAAUUGUCUUGUUGAUGUUUCUGGUACUUCAAAACUGGCAGUUUGCCCUGUCUACACACGAAUGACUACUUGUUUAUAAAUGCAUCUUUUGAUACACUUAUACCACAAUGAGUACAUGACAUUAUAUGAAUAAUGAGUUGUGUUCAU